AUGACGAGCCAAGGAACCACAGCCGUCCUCUCAAACACCACAUCCACAGCGAACGCACCCUCAACAACACCGAACGCACCCUCAACAACACCGAACGCACCCUCAACAACACCGAACGUCAACGCUCUCUCAUCUACUCUACCCACCCGGCGAUCCAGAUGGCGGCCCAUGAACACCACCGUGACCUACCUCUCAAACACCCGCUUCGUUAAACUCUGCAACGCGAUAUGGGAUGGACCUGUGUACCCUAAUCAAAACUCCCCAGACCCUUCAGCUUCAACCACCAAUGACACCGGCGUUCCGACCCAUAUCGGCGUUCUGUCUCGCGGUUUCAGACUUUACUCCAUCUCGCGGGUUCAGAGUAGUAGUAGAGGGACAGGGAGGGGAUGGAUGUUCGGAUUUUUGAGGGGGUGGUUUAUAACACUGACUAUACCGCCUCCGCGAUCGAUAGAGCUGAUACUAACCUUUGCGUGGAUGAUCGGGGUCGUGGUUAUGGUGUUCAUCGGAAUGGUCGCAGCGACCACUGGCAACGAGGCCGCAAUGCGCACCGUCAGCAUCGCUGCAUGCGUCUGUGCGGGCGUGUGGAUCCUCCUCAGCGGUGUUUUGUGGUACUGUAACGUUAACCCUAUGCUUUGGCCCCAACGAAUGAGGGAGUGGGAGGCCUGCGAGACGCGUUAUGGGUGCUGA